GAGCAGCUCCACAGGUUGGCGCUCUCAGGUGAGGGCAGGUGUAAAAUCUUAGAACCUAGCAGUCCAGAGCAUCCACCAUGUCUUCCAGGCCUUUUGAAAGUCCUCCACCUUAUCGACCUGAUGAAUUCAAACCUUCACAUUAUGCUCCAAGCAAUAAUACAUAUGGUGGUGAAUUCCAUUCUCAGCCAAUGUUCUCUCAGCCUGCAUAUUCCUACUAUCCUGAAGAUGAAGUGCAACAAUUCUACAAAUGGACUUCCCCUCCAGGAAUAAUCAAGAUCAUGGCAGUUCUCAUUAUAGUGAUGUGCAUUGGCAUCUUUGCUUGUGUUGCUUCAACAUUGCCUUGGGAUAUGGACUUCUAUGGAGGUCUGGGAACCGGUAUGGGAUAUCCGGGCUACGGAAGCUAUGGAGGCGCAGGUUUUGGAGGCAAUUAUGCUGGUUACAGUGGCAGCAGUGGCUUUGGAAGUUAUGGUGGUUAUGGUGGUGCAUAUGGCAUUGGAGGGAAUUAUAUCGAUCCUCGGGCAGCAAAAGGUUUCAUACUUGCAAUGUCCGCUUUUUGCUUUAUUGCUGGAUUGGUAGUUUUUGUAACUAGCAUUACCAAGACGAGCAUGUCUAGGACAAGGAAGUAUUAUCUCCUUGUGAUAAUAGGAAGUGCCAUCUUGCUGUUCUUGAUGUUUAUUGCUACCAUAGUGUAUAUAUUGGCCGUCAACCCAACUGCACAAGCUUCUGGAUCAGUGUUCUACAAUCAGAUUUAUAUGCUAUGCAGCCAGUUCUAUUCACCUACAACCACUGGACUCUAUGUGAAUCAGUACUUGUAUCACUACUGUGUGGUAGAACCUCAGGAGGCAAUUGCCAUUGUCUUAGGCUUCCUGAUCGUUGUAGCUUUUGCCAUAACAAUAUUUUUUGCUGUCAAGACCCGAAAUAAAAUUAAUUACUAUGGUAAACCGAAUAUCCUGUGGGAUAAUACAAAAAGCUACGACGAGGCUCCCAAUGUGGAAGAAUGGGUGAAAAAAGUAAAUGCAGAGCCAGGAGUACCAAUGCCAGUCACCGACUAUCCUGACCGGGUUCCUAGUUCUGCAGGUUACUCAGUUUCUGAUGCUCCUGCACAUCGGGUCUACAGUGACAAUAGCUACAGAGCUACUCCGAUACCAGAGGCUACUGUUCCUGUAAAGCAGUCUCAGUAUGGCAACACCAGCAUUUACAAUGGGUCAGCUAAGGAUCAAACGCAAAAAGGAAAAGCAGGAAAACCUAAAAGGACCAGUACAGAUAACUAUGAUGGAGAUUAUACCACUGGAGGAGAAUCUUGUGAUGAGUUAGAAGAGGACUGGGACAGAGAAUAUCCACCGGUAUCAUCAGACCAACAGAGGCAAACAUACAAGCGAGAGUUCGAUGCAGGACUACAAGAAUACAAGCGUUUACAAGCAGAGCUGGAUGAGAUCAGCAAGGAACUUUCUCGUCUUGAUAAAGAACUGGAUAACUAUGCUGAGGACAGUGUGGAAUAUAGGGCUGCUGCUGAUGAAUACAACAGGUUGAAGGAUAUAAAAGCGUCAGCAGAUUAUAAGAACCGAAAAGCAUACUGCAAGAUGCUGAAGAGUAAGUUGUCACACAUCAAAAGGAUGGUCACUGAAUAUGACAGACAGAAGUCAUAACAAGAAGGAAGAAAAUUUGUCUGCAUGACCAAAUAUGUUAAUAUUCAUCAAGCUGCAAUAUGAUUAUGUUGGACUACAGGCAAUGGGAACCUUUGUUUGUUUCUACUUCACAAUUAUGUCAAUUGUGCCAUGUUAUUAUGAAGUAUGAACUUUGGCACUCAGUGUAUGGGACUUCAUCUAGUUUCACAAAGUCAAGGAAUUUCACGAUUCUUUACAUCAGGUUUGUCUAUUUUAAUACCAUAUAGUGGACAUUUUAUCUAUUUUUCCUCCAUGUUUUCUGUGCUCUAUUUUCCUUAUCAAUCUCGUGGCUCCUGACACAAAUCCAUUCAAUCACUUCCUGAAGAGUUCUUGCCACAUUAUAUUGUUCCAAUGACAUUCAUAAUGUAAGCUGGGUGCUUUCUCUUUGUAUUCAAAAUGCAGCAAAUAAUUUUCUCCAUCUAGGCCACAUGUUAAUGUCAAGUUAUUGGAAAAUAUAUUUUGAAUUGCAUGAAGUGUCGAAAUGGAGCCAAUGUUCAUCAUCUAGAAUGUGAUGUCACCAAAGACAAUGUGAAACUGAAUGUAAAUAUAUCUAAUAUUUUUUUAAAAAAAUCUCAGUUUGUAUUUUAAAUGAUUUUAUUGUACACAUAUAGAAUUGAGGAACAAAAUGUUUUGACUUGAAUAUGGUAUGUUUGUUAACUCUGUAUGUUCCUAUGAUUUGUGUCUGUGUGUGCAAGACUGCAAUUCUGCACACAAUUACCUGGGAGUGAAUUCCAUUGAGGUCAGCAGAGGUUACACAUGUUAAGAUUCUGCUGAAAAUUAUUAGCCAAAGUCAGCUUGAUUCUUCUUAUUUGCCAAAACAUUUAAACCACUCUGCAGUGUAACAGAUUUAUUAUAGCCAAAGAAAAUGGAAACCAAAGUAGAGUAGCACCUUUUAACAAAACUUUUAAUGUUUCUUUUAAAUGCUAUGAUUAACAAAAAUUAUUCGGAAAGAAAGGAAGCAGUAAAAUGUAACCCUUUUUUGUAUUCAUUGAAAUCCUGUGUUCUGUUAGGUCAUGUACUGUUCUCAAUAUAAGGUCCAUUGCUAAUUCAAAAGCCUUUGAUUUUGAAAUAGAUGAGGGAAAGGUUUGGUUUCUAAUAGAUGCUAUUCUGACACCAGGUGGACACUGUUGAAUGCAGUCCAAUGAAUUUGGCUCAUACUUAAUCCUGUUUAGAGCAAGUUUGCUGAAAUCAGCGGAGCUUAAGUUAGUCAUGAUUAACAACCCAUUGAUUUCCAUACUCUAAACAGGGCUAAGAUCUGGAUCCAACCCAAUGUUUGUAAGGAUCUCAGUAAUGAAAAUAUCAGAACAAGUCGACUUCUUUAAGAGUGAAUUUUUUUAAACAGUGCUUUUAUAACAUGUCUUAAUUAGAAUGUAGUAAUUGUGUACAUAAGUCUGUUUUUUAGUUGUUUUUAAAAUAACCUCAAUAAAAUUAUUUCAACUUUUGGAUAUGCUGAAACAUUAAUAAUUAAUAUUAAGAUGAGAGUGUUUGGAUUUAUUACAUUUACAGCAUGGCCCAUUCUUUAGGCCUUGAAGAGAUAAAAUUCAUGUUAGCUUUCAGAGGGGUAAUUGUGUUAAUGUGCUACAGUAGAAACAAAAAGCCUUGUGGUAGCUAAAAGACCAAGGCGGGAUACAAACCGCCAUAU